CACACUUGACUUAAUAUGCAUAGGAUCUGUAUAUGUAUAUUUAUGGAUAAGAAGAAAUUUGCCACCUUGAAGAGCCUUGCUGCGCCUCCAACAGUCGUCGCAGAUGUCAUGAAAGCAUUUCUUUUGCUUGUCUACCAACCGGAGGAUAUACAAGACUGGAAAAGUUGUCAGAAGAAAAUGUCGGACCCAGAUCUUAUGAUUAAAAUGGAGAAUUUUGAUCUCCAGUACUGUACACUAUCUACAGCUCAGAAAGCCGAGGAUUUGAUCGCAGCUGAAACUGAGGAAUCCAUCAAAGUAAAAUGCUUCGAUGCUGUUUAUGUUUACAAAUGGACCACGUCCAUGGUAGAGAAUGUAAAGGCUAGUGGUGGACGUAAGGCGUAGAUUUGCUGCACACAUCUGAAAAUAGGAAGUUGGCAUAAUGAGUCUUCCGAUAAUGGGCAAGUUUUGACAAUAUUCCAUGUCUCAGUCAUCUACAGUUAUAUACAUGGAUCCAUAUAGAAACGAUUUAACAUAAUAUGUUUUACGGUGUGACCGUUGGGGCGAGCGCAGGAGGAACCACAUAUCUUUCACCAUCGUUAAAUGCAACCCGUGGACCAAAAAACUUUGACUUUGUCUCGAAAACUUAUCAAACUUUUAUUCCAAUGGUCCCUUAAAUUCCUAGGCCUAUACACUUAAACAAACUACCACUGAGCAUUAAUAAAAUGUUAACAGACUUAUUAAAAUAUUUUGAUAAACAAAAAGCCGUUUGUGGUUUUUUUUAAAUGUAAAUACAAUUAUGUUUUAUCAUUCCGUUACCUUUUAACAAUGAUCAUUAAAAUCAGUAAACAAUAAA